AAAUUUCCUCUUCCUUUCAACGCCCCUUUGUGUACGACUUCAUCUUUUUAUCAUACUCUAAUUUUCUACUGAACGUGGAACUCUUUUCUUCCACUUUCUUCUCGAGUCGGAUCCUAUUCUCAGUCAUCGGAUACACAUUCAACCACUACCAAUUAGUAUGAAUCAUAUCACACUCAAAUAAAGAUUAGUCAUACAUAGUCUCCGUGUAUAAGCUAGAAGUUUGACUGGCGUGCUAAAAUGGAUCGGAAUCUGGAUGUGGCAUCGGAAACAUUGGAGAUUGGAGGACAAGGGAACGGAACUGACGCCGACGAGGAGAAUGAAGUAUUCCCACCAGCGUCUGGUCUGCGACGGAGCAAGUACACGCCGGUGGUGGCGCAUGAUAAUGAUCGAGCGGGAAUGGAAAUGUCGUCUGUGGAUCUUGGCUCUUCCUCGUCUUCAUUUCCGUCCAAGGAUCUCAAGAAAAUUAAAGUGGGUGUGCAGCCAAAUUCAGCUUCUGAAGGAAGAGGAACUCUUUUAUAUAAUCAUGUUGGUGUGAAUGGCCCCCAGACAGAAUCAAAAUUGGAGUUGUUUGGAUUUGACUCUCUUGUCAAUAUUCUUGGUCUUAAGAGUAUGUUAGGGGAUCAAACGCCAGCCCCCUCAAGUCCCAGAGAUGGUGAUAAUGUAACUAUCACUGCUGGGCACCCUCAGCCAACUGAUGCAAAAUUGGGAACACUGAUGGGAGUUCUGGUGCCAUGCUUGCAAAAUAUUUUAGGAAUCAUCUACUAUAUACGAUUUUCCUGGAUUAUUGGAAUGGCUGGCAUCGCUGAGUCAUUGUUGCUUGUUGCCCUAUGUGGAUCAUGUACUUUUCUGACUACAAUAUCAUUGAGCGCCAUUGCAACUAAUGGUGCAAUGAAGGGUGGUGGCCCAUACUAUCUUAUUGGUCGUGCCUUGGGUCCAGAGGUUGGUGUUAGUAUUGGUCUGUGUUUUUUCCUGGGGACUGCAAUUUCUGCUGCUAUGUAUGUAUUGGGAGCUGUAGAGACAUUCUUAGAUGCUGUGCCAGCUGCAGGGAUUUUUAGAGAAACCAUCAUGAGAGUUAAUGGUACUGCAAUUGCAGAGCCAAUUAUGAGGCCAAGCUUGCAUGACUUGCAAAUUUAUGGGAUUGUCGUCACCAUUAUUCUAUGCUUCAUAGUAUUUGGAGGUGUCAAAAUUAUCAACCGUGUUGCACCAGCUUUCCUCAUACCCGUGCUGCUCUCAUUGUGCUGCAUAUUUAUUGGCAUAUUUGUGGCAAAGAGAGACCAUCCAGCAGUAGGAAUCACAGGGUUGAGCUUGAAGUCUUUUAAAGAUAACUGGAGUACUGACUAUCAGCUGACUAACCAUGCUGGGAUUCCAGAUCCUAAUGGAAAGAUAUACUGGACUUUUAAUGCAUUGGUAGGCCUGUUUUUCCCUGCUGUUACUGGGAUCAUGGCAGGCUCUAAUCGUUCAGCUUCACUAAGGGACACUCAACGUUCUAUACCCAGAGGAACUUUAGCUGCAACAUUGACAACAUCUGGAUUAUAUUUUGUUACUGUGUUUUUCUUUGGUGCUGUUGCAAACAGAGAAAAACUUUUGACUGACAGGUUAUUAACAGCUUCAGUUGCUUGGCCAUUCCCUGCAAUUGUUUAUGUUGGCAUCAUUCUUUCAACCUUGGGUGCAGCUCUUCAGAGCUUAGCUGGUGCUCCACGUCUCCUUGCAGCUAUAGCAAAUGAUGACAUUCUCCCAGUUCUAAAUUACUUCAAGGUUUCAGAGGGAAGUGAACCUUAUGUGGCUACUCUCUUCACUGCCUUCAUCUGUAUCGGAUGUGUUGUUAUUGGGAACAUAGACCUUAUCUCACCAACCACGACAAUGUUUUUUCUUUUAUGUUAUGCGGGCGUGAAUUUAUCGUGCUUUCUUCUGGAUCUUUUAGAUGCUCCCAGCUGGCGUCCUCGAUGGAAAUUUCACCACUGGAGUCUUUCUCUCGUGGGAGCAUUGCUUUGUAUAGUUAUUAUGUUUUUAAUAUCUUGGACGUUCACUAUUGUGGCCCUGGCCCUUGCUACCCUCAUAUAUUACUAUGUAUGCCUCAAUGGAAAAGCUGGAGACUGGGGUGAUGGUUUCAAGAGUGCCUAUUUUCAGCUUGCACUUCGCAGUCUGCGAUCUCUAGGAGCAACCCAAGUACACCCAAAGAAUUGGUACCCUAUACCCCUCGUAUUUUGCCGUCCUUGGGGCAAGCUGCCAGAAAAUGUUCCCUGCCAUCCCAAGCUCGCCGACUUCGCCAACUGCAUGAAGAAAAAAGGGAGGGGUAUGUCUGUCUUUGUUUCCAUCAUGGAUGGAGAUUACCUCGAGUGUGCAGAGGAUGCUAAGACAGCUUGCAAUCACCUAAGCACCUACCUUGACUACAAGCAAUGUGAAGGUGUGGCAGAGAUUGUUGUUGCCCCAAACAUGUCAGUUGGAUUCAGGGGCAUUGUUCAGACAAUGGGCCUCGGAAACCUCAAGCCCAAUAUAGUCGUGAUGCGGUACCCUGAAAUCUGGCGACGUGAAAAUCUACUUGAAAUUCCCGCAACCUUUGUCGGGAUCAUAAAUGACUGCAUCGUCGCCAACAAAGCAGUUGUUAUCGUCAAAGGCUUAGACGAGUGGCCCAAUGAGUACCAACGACAGUAUGGCACCAUUGAUCUGUAUUGGAUAGUUAGAGAUGGCGGCCUCAUGCUUCUUCUCUCGCAACUCCUCUUGACAAAAGCGAGCUUUGACGGGUGUAAGAUUCAGGUUUUCUGCAUCGCAGAGGAAGAUUCUAACGCUGAGGAACUCAAAGCCGAUGUGAAGAAAUUUUUAUAUGAUCUACGGAUGCAAGCGGAGGUGAUUGUGGUCUCGAUGAAGUCUUGGGAAACCCCGCCGGGUGAGGAACAACGAGAGACCAUGGAGGCUUUUGCCGGUGCGCAGCAGAGAAUCAGUAGUUACCUGGCGGGAAUGAAGGAGGAAGCUGAGAGGGAAGGGAGACGGUUUUUGAUGGCCGACGGGAAGGACGUUCAGGUCAAUGAGCAACAGGUGGAGAAGUUCCUUUAUACCACUCUGAAGCUCAACUCGACGAUAUUGAAGUACUCUAGGAUGGCGGCUGUUGUUUUUGUGAGUCUUCCAUCUCCGCCCCUCAACCACCCGUCCUACUUCUAUAUGGAGUAUAUGGACCUCUUGGUAGACAACGUGCCUAGGUUGUUGAUUGUCCGAGGGUACCGCAGAGAUGUUGUCACCUUGUUCUCAUAGAUUUGAAUUGCUGGUACAUUUUAUCUCAUUAUUUUUUCCCUCCAACUAAUUUCAUUUGGUUCCAUUAAUCGCGGAACAUUUUCCUUUUCUACACAGUUGGUUAAUUCCUUAGGUUUAUGUUGUUCAUAUGUUUUCUCACUUCGGUUAUUGGGUGUAAAAUUGUACUAAUAGCAGUAGUUUUUCAACAUUCUAUUUUCUUUUGGAGACAAGUUCCAGACACUCGGGUUUGCUGCAAUUUUUGCUAUAACUUUGAACAAACAUAAUUUCGCUUGUGUCUUUCGAAA